AUGUCGGAAUUUCACACGCGUGGUAUACGAUGGUUUGUUCCAGCAUACAACAAGCUAUUGGUGUACGAUGGACCUCAGAUCGUGUCAACUUUGAAGACGAAAUACGCCGUUAGGAAGUUCACCGCCAAAAAGCACACAGAGUUCUUUCUCAGCAAUGUGGAGGGUCCUCCACUCGCGUCAGGGCUCGUGCGGAGGGCUUUUCUGAAUUCUGUGUAUAUGAGAAUCCUGCGUCCGAGCUUGGCCAGCCCCUUGCCCCAGCCGCCGCAGUUGCGCACGGACACUGACUCAAUCACUGGUGUAUCUAGCUUGGACCACGUGUCCACCGAUUUGGAUAAAAUUCUGACGUGGCUCAUGGCUUUCCCUAUUCCACACUCCCACCCCGCAAUGUCCGACGACAACGAGCAACUGUCCCCCGAAAGGCUGGAUAUCAUAAAGAAACUGCAACUCACGAACGAUGUUGCAUGGCUACGACAAAUCAUCAGAGAACAUCCGGACAUCGCCUUGUGGCCCGAGUUCUACGUCGGCGGCGAUCAGCGCAACUGCUGCAUCAUCAACAUCAUCCUUCAAAUGAACAACGUCGAAUGGUCAGAUAUGAUGGGUGUAUACAUAUCGGCUGUCAAAGAUGACGACCAUUACAUCCUCAAUUCGCUCCUUCGGCAUAGGCCAGGGCAGCUGCACAAACUGCUCUUGACAUUCGCCAUAGAACGCUCUUCCGAGAAGACCCUGAACCUUCUUUGCCGAUAUUUUGAUCCGAAACAGUAUCUCGAUGACUUGCGGGAUGACAUGCUCGAUGCGACGUUACGUUUUUUGAAGGACGAUUUCAUAAAGCUGAGAAGCUCGACCUCGGCUAUUUCGAUACGAUCCCCACUUGAGAAGUAG